GCAUACUAUUGUUCGUUUGCUACGAGGCUUGGGCGCAGAAGUGGUGGUGCAAUGUGCGAGUGAGACCUGGCAGCCAUUGAAGGAUGCAUAUAGUCUGGUGGCUAAGGAAGCACUGGGACAAGAGCAUCGAAGCCAAAUUGCGCAUAGUAAUGUCCGUCCAGCGUUUCUGCCACACUGCCUUUGCCUUGUCCUACUCCAUAGUGGUCCCAUGUUCCAUAGCGAUUCCAUGUCCCAUAGCGAUUUCAUGUUCCGUAGUGAUUUCACCUAGACACAGACACGUGUCCCACACCGAGCCCUCGGUUUCCACGGCACUAUCUCUUCUCUUUCUCUGUUCGCCGGCCUGCCGUCCUUGUUCGCUGGCCUGAUGCUGCACGUGUAUCCAAGACCACCGUCUGCUGCCUUGUCGAGAACCCACAGCAAAAGUUCGUCG